AUGAGUUUUACGUCCACCAACAUAUCCUCGACCAUGUCCAACAUGUCCAAUAACAAACCUAAACCCCCCAGUGGUUUCUUCUGCCUUCCCGGCGAGAUACGCAACCAGAUCUACGAGUCCCUCCUCGUCUUCCAGGAGCCCCUCACCAUCCACACCCAAGACUGGAACGAUCAUGGGCGAGACAGCAGCGACAAAUCGAAGAAGGAUGAUUUGGAGAGGGUGAAGCACAUCGACAACGUUUCCGAGCGAAAGCGCUGGCCGCUCUCCUCCCGCCUGCUCACCGUCUUCCUGAUCAGCAAACAAAUCCAACACGAAGCCUCCGCCGUCUUUUACUCUUCCAACCAGUUUCGGGCACCGCCCUCGCUGUGCCGGUUCCCGCACCCCCAGCUGCAGUCCAACUAUGUCAUGCGCGGCUUCAUUGACCGCAUCGGUCCUCGCAACCUAACCUGUCUCCGGCACCUGUGCAUCCCGUUCCCGCUUGACUCCACGGAUUCGGGGGGCGUGGGCGUGGGUGGCGUGGGUGGCGUCGUUAUGAUGGGGCGACAGCGAUAUAGAAGUAUGGAUUUAAAUCUGGAUCUGGAUCUGGAUCUAGACGACGGGUCCCUGUGGGCCAACAUGAGCGUGGUGCCGGGCGGUGCAUGUGCAGGUGCACUACCGAGUCUAUGGCGACGGUGUCCGAACAUUGAAAUCAUCGAGUUUGAUCUCAGCUGGUCUGGGCCCGGGCACUCGCUCUGGAAGGGAAAUGUCCGACCAUCCGACCGGGAGGUUUUGUUGAGAAGCAUGGACGCGGCGUUGAGGAGGGAGUUCAAGCGGUUGCGGGAGAUCGUCGUCAAUAUCCACUACGACGACGGGCCGACGUCGACGACAAGCCCCCUCCGGGAGAUCGACAGCAAGUCGUCGUGCGAGGCGCUGAUGGAGACGAUGCGCGGGAGGUACGGAUGGAAGGUUGAGGUGCGCGAUUGUAGCGGCGAGAAGGCAGAUGAUCAGCAGCAGCUGAGGAUCCCGUAUUGGCAUCGGCCGUCGCCGUCGCAGGGAUUUCGAUGGAACGCCGGUCGCUAUAGCACUGCGUUUGUCAGCGGCACUCGCACUGAAAGCGACAAUGACGACGACGGCCACGAUGCUGAGCAUAUGAAGACUACAGCCGAGCGGAAACGGCAGUCUGCCAAGGACAUGGGACGGAGGAUUGUGCGGUCUCGGGCGUUCGGGUGGGGCGUGGUCGUGAUCUUUUCGCCGGCGAUUCCUGUGCUUAUGGCUAUCGAUGGUAUCAAUAAGAAGAGGAGGAAGCGGAAGAACGAGAAGCUGAGUCCGGGAUCACCGAUGGCUAGCCUCGACCACCAUGGUUCGGUUCGGGAAUUCGGGCAGGCUGGGAGGUUAGACUGA